AUGUCACAGCAAACCGCAUCGCCGCCCCAGGCCCUUCCCUAUGCGGUGAUGCUGGCAACGCCGCUUUUCUUUUCGACCAACAUCAUUUUCGGGCGUUACGUCGCGGGCGAUACGGCACCCUUCGUGCUGGCUUUUCUGCGCUGGGCCUCGGUCGCCGCGAUCCUGCUGCCGUUUGCGCUGGUCCGCCAAGGCGCCGCGGUGCGCGCCGUUCUGGCCGACCAUUGGCGCCUGCUGCUGACGCUGGGGUUUCUUGGCAUGGGCCUUUCGGGCGGUGUCGUCUAUCUCGGCCUGAGCCUGACGACGGCCACCAACGCCACGCUGAUCUAUUCGACCGCGCCGAUCCUGAUCAUCCUGCUCGAGCGGCUGUUUCGCGGCCGCGCCAUCGGCCUGCGCGAGACGGCCGGCAUCGCGCUGGGCUUUGCCGGCGUUGCGAUCAUCGUCCUGCGCGGCGAUCUGACGACGCUGGCCCGGCUGACCUUCAAUCCCGGCGACCUGCUGAUCGCCAUGGCUUCGCUCUCCUGGGCCGGUUAUUCGAUCCUCUAUCGCGCCGAGGGUCUCCGGCGGCUCGACAAUAUGAGCCUGUUCGCGCUGGUUGCCGGCUUCGGCGCGCUGGUCAAUCUGCCGCUUGCGGCCAUGGAUCUGGCAUCGGCCGACGGGCUGCCGGCGACGCGCGAGGCCUGGUACGCCACGGGCGGGAUCGUGCUCAUCUCGUCGCUGCUGGCGUUUUCGGGCUUCCAGUAUGGCGUGCGUGCGCUCGGCGCCUCGGUCGCCGGCAUGUUCAUGUAUCUGAUGACGCCCUAUGGCGUGCUGAUGGCGAUCGUCUUUCUGGGCGAGCGGCUCGAACCGUUCCAUCUGGCGGGCAUCGUGCUGGUGAUGACCGGGAUCGGCAUUGCGACGCUGCCGGCGAAACUGUUCCGGCGCCGCCGCUAA